GGCCCUGCUAGGUGCAGCGCCAUCAAUUGGCGACUCAGCAGCGUUGAAGAGGCUGCUAUUCGAAGCUCAAGCCCUAACCAUUCAGUCUCUAAAGAAUGCUGUGGAAGCUCCAGGAACUGAAAGCUCAACGCCAAAACGUAUUCCACAGGCUGAGAAGGAAGCAAGGCUUGCUGCCCUUAGGGCCCGCAUCACAGGGCUGAUCAUAGAAGGAGUAAAUGAGCCUGCAAUAAGUCUUUUCGAGCAGACGCAGCAUCAAUACGAACAGAAGACGGUCAAAUACCUGCCGCCAGAACGUUGUCCGUCCAGGGAAUUCGAGAUCGUCCAGAUGAAGCCAGUCAAGCAGCUUGUUGUUCACGGGGGCAGUGUCAUGGUAGGUGAGACCCUAGCAAUGCCUGAUACCACAGUGAAUUCAUCUCUUUUGGUUCAGCAAGCACUCAUUCGCAGAGCCUUCCCUUACGAGUUUUCUGACCUGAUCAGCUUCCAGAUUUCUCAGAAGUACAUCGGCACUCUUUUCAGGCACAUGUCUCGUGAAGCUCCGCCGGGGUAUAGACAGGUGACUUUGCAGAAGGCAGACAAAGCAGUUUUUGCCAAGCUAGCAGAGCUAGGGCCAGCAAUCAGACGAAAUGCUGCAGGCGACAGGCCGUUAGAUGUCAAGAUCAUGGAAGCUUUGCAGUCGUACGAAGUGUCCUUUUAUUUGUUUCCUUUAGCCAUCCCAGAGAAGCCAUCGAGACAAGAUUGGAAAGAAUUCCCUUACUGGCACAAUCGCCUCAAAGGACAACGUGUGCACGCCAGAAGGGGCCAGCAAUUCAUUAACAACCGCCGCAUCUUCGCCGCCCGCGAAGAAAGCCAAUAUCCUGCAGGCCUUUGUUCGGCCGUGGCCCAGAUAGUGCUGCAAAUAUGUCAAGAGUAUGGUAUUGUUUUGCCGCCGUCCUCCAUGGAGGUGGCGGCUACCGAGCAGUUUCGCCUGUUGCAGCAAGCCAAAACCAUGUCGCACGCCUUUGUCAGGACAAAGCUCCCCCCACUUGUCCCUGAGUAUGCCACAGUCAUUUCAGCCUGGCAUGCCCCCACUACGGCCGAAGAUGAUCACGGCCUGGCCAUCAUGGUUCCCAAACAAGCCCGCCUUCUGCAGCGCCCACUGGUCGAUUGGUUCAAAAUGUGGAUUAACAGGGCCAAAGAGCUCCAGCCACAAGAAGAUGAGUUGCAUCGUAGCUUUGACAGAGGCGCCAAGAAAGUGAUGUCCGGAAAGCGUGUGCUGCUUUUUCGAGAGAUGCUUGAGUAUUCGGGCUAUCCAGACUGCAAGGCUGCCGAUUUCCUCAUGCAUGGUGUGCCUUUAGUUGGGGAGGUUGAAGAGUCAGGUGUGUAUGCCGAAGUGUAUAAGCCCGCCGAGCUUAGUGUAAGUACCUUGGAAGAACAAUCCACUGGUUCCGCCAAGGAAUCCUUGAAAGGACUCGCUCGUCGGGCGAUGCCGUUUGUGAUGACUUCGUUUGGCAAGAGACCCUGA